UGCGGCGCGAACGCGGUGCGCAGUCGGCCCCGAACUCCAGGCGGCGCGCGCGCAGCUUCGCGUUUACCAGUGAAAGGACGCAUGACUCAUAGCAAAACCAGUCAUGAACGAGUACGCCGAGUACGACUGGAAGCUGCAUCAGAUGCAGAAUGAGCGGCUUUGUGAAGCAACUAGGAAACGCCUCACCGAUGGCGAUAGACAACGCGCUCUGAACGGACUACGGGAUGCAGUGGACAAGAGUCUCAACCUCGCCCUACGCGACAAAAGUAGGUGUCAAGACGACAAUUUUCUGCGGCGUUUUUUGUACGCGCGUAAACACGAUGUGCAACAAAGUUUUGAGCUGUUGGUGAGCUACCAUCAGUACCGGCGGGAGCACCCCGAGCUGUGGGCCACGGCGGACGGCGGCGUGCUGCGCGCGCUUGCCGACGGGCUGCCCGGCGUGCUGGCGCAGCGCGACCGCCGCGGCCGCUGCGUGCUGCUCAUGUUCGCCUCCAACUGGAUCCCGCACGCCUGCCCGCUGCUCUCAGUGUUCAGGGCUCUACUACUCACAGUCGAACGCACCUUAGAGGAACCUCAGAAUCAAGCAAACGGAUAUGUCAUUAUCGUUGAUUGGACUGAAUUCACGUUUAAACAAUCGUGUAGUUUACAAGCUAAAGUAUUAAAAAUGAUGAUAGACUGUCUUCAAGAUUGUAUGCCGGUUCGAUUUAAGAGCAUACACUUUAUCGGACAGCCUUGGUAUGUGGAAACCGCUCUUGCAGUAAUAAAACCGUACCUUAAGGCGAAGACACGAGAGCGCAUAGUGUUGCACGGAAACAAUUUAUCAACGCUGCACGAUGCUCUGCCUCUUGACAUACUUCCGGCAGAGUUGGGAGGAGAGGGACCCUCGUACAACUCAGAGCUGUGGCUUCAAGAAUUCUGUCGAGGCGAAAACAUAACCCCUACACCGAUUACGACAGUGACGCCGAUAGUGCCAAUAGAAAACGAUCCUCCUUCAGCAAAACUGGACAAAGCAUAUAAACAAAAGGACAAUCCAAAUUUUUCAUUUCACGGGAACGAAAAAAGUGCAAAAUCAGAGUUACUGCGUGAUAAAGAUUGACCCCAGCGCACGUUGUGGUUGCAGCAUGGUUAUAAUGGACACAAAGGACUGUUCCGUCCGUGAAAACGCCACCAGUGUGCCGGUGCACUUUAGUGCGACGGUUUGCAUUAUGUGAUAUCAAGUGUAUUUUUUAUUUAAGGCCUUGAGACUGCUUAGGAGAUUAGAGUAAACUGCUUAUUAGGGGCGUAGAAAUAAUAUUAAGUACUCGAUGGCUGUAGUGCAUUUAUAUGGCCUCAGAUUAGAGCGGCGACCCAAUGGAAGUCGAUGUCCAUAUUGGUUAGUGGGCAUUAAUUUAUGAGUCAGGCACAUUUUGGUUGCGGUGGGAGGCGACGAGGUCGGCGCAUCCCCCGCGUCCGGCGCGCGGCGCGGGCGCAGGUAACGGUGCUCAGCUCUCAUUUCGACGCAUCCGUUCGAAUCACGAUCGCAGCCACUGGAUCUCGGUCUACAUCCACAUCAGCUCGCAUACACAUUAAGCUUACAUUUCCAUGUUAUUUAUUCCGUGUACUAACCAACUCUUAAUUUAAUUACUUCAGAUAUUCACUUGAUAGUUGUAGGUUUUUGCUUUAACCAUGUGAGGCUUAUUGCGCAUUUACUAUUAUGUUUAAGUCCAUGUUUGAAAAAUAUGUGAUGCCUAUAUGAUUUAUUUAAAUAAUAAUUAUCUAUUGUCCUGCUAGUAGGGGUACAUCAUAAGUAAUCCGUCUCGAUAGUGUCGUUUUGAUUGUUAAUAAGGAACAGUAUUAAAUUAUUGAAAGUAUGAUUCCUGCAGCCGUCUGUUACGUGCUGAGACUGUAGAUAGCUCUCACUAAUGAACUUCCAGAGCUCUCUCGUAUUCAUUACUUACUGUUUAGUGUAGGGAUCCUCUGUCUACAUAGUAGACGUUAAGCCCAAUAUCAUAAUGUAUAUAUAAAAGGCAGCUACUAGGUAACAGAAAGUCAUAAUAAUAUUUUGUACUCGUACACCGAAUCCUACUCGCUUACUACACAAGUUGUUUCGCAAGAUUGUAAAUAUUGAAAUGACUGAAACAAUGUAUUGAUAUUAUAGCGUAACAUUUGAUAAUAAAUGUAUUGACAACAUAUUUAUGUACAUGUUUUGUUUUAUUUCUCUGAGGAAUGUCGAAAGAAAUUGAUGGUGAUAAUUGUGGGUGCACGAACACAGACCUGCGCUAAUUAAAUCUCCAUGUGUUAUGUUUGGGCUAGAAAUUGGUGUCUAAUUAAUUUGUUUGGCCCUUCAUGGUAUUGAAGAAUGUGUUUCAAACGUUGUCUUCAAGCUAAUCAUAACGUUUCAGUAAAAAUAAUGAAGGUUGCAACUGUGUGUGUGAAAUACUUACGUAUGAGUAUCAGAUCAUAAUGUACAAGUAUGCAGGCAAAUGAAUCGACAAUGGAAACGCUAAUGUAGGUGAUAUCAUCCGUCGAGGGCGCUCAUAUAUCACGCUUAGAUUUACAAAGAUAACAUUGAACAUUGGUAGAUACCAGAAUGAUCUAUUUCUAAUAAUGUCGGUCAAAAGCUGUAUCAGAGAAGAGCAAAGACACCGAGUCAUCUGGGUGAUGAAUCGGGAUACCCAGAACAGUUAAGAACGGCAGGGAACGAGAAACCGUGUUCCCAGCAUUCGGUGUUAUCAAGCUGAUUUGAAGAUAAUCCUGGUUUGACCUUUAAAAUAAAAUUAUCAUUAAAUCAUUAAUCGGCUGUGACAUCACUACAACUUUUUGUCAAAACUUGUAUCACACACAUUUCAUUGAUUGAGAUGAUGUUAUAAUGACUAUUAAUAAAUAAUUUCCAAUAUAAGAAUUACGGUAUUUACAGAAGUCAUCAGUCGUCAUCGCACAAGAAAAUGUUUAUUUCCUAUUUUUAUAAUGUCUAUUUGUUGUCAAGUCAUUAUUAUCAAUCAAGAUUAAGAUAAAUUGAUAUGACGUUUUUCCACUAUUGUGAUAUUUUAAAAUAAGGAUGAUGUAAUAAAUUUAUAUGUUCCAAA